AUGGCCCGCCAGUUCCCGUUGGUCCGAACGUACCAGAACUUGGUCUGGAAUCUCAAAAACUACAAACCUGCUGGCCAGCGUCCGCCGUUCCGUGCUUCCAGACACCCAUUUUGCACUAAUAUACAACUUCAGAAUGCUUCGUGUGCUUAUUGGCUACAAGAGACGUCCAGAGAGAUAGGAACAGAGUUUGUGACUCUGUUGGCAAACUCGACUAAGGCUUAUAAGGAACAAGUGUCGAAGAAUUCGUCUCAGGUAACAAAACUACAUUCAAAUGCCGGAUACCAAAAUUAUAGUAGUUUGGCAGCAGUAAGUGAUGGAGUCGGCGCAGAAUAUAACGAAGAAGGUACCAAUGGGCCGGAUUCAGAAACAAUAGAGGUGCAUCCUGCUGAAAUCGAGAUUGUCAAGCUUUUCGGUGCCGGGGAAUACCCCAAAAUGUACCAAAUCUUGAAAGCAUACCAGGCAGAAGGAAUUACGAUUUCUACAGACAUCAUCAAUGGAAUGGUAUCUAGUGUUCACGAGCAGUUGCCAAUCGACACCUCUGAUGAAUAUUUACAUCAAUCUGCAGUGGAAGUUCCAAUGUUUCAUGGAAAGAAUGACCUACGAUAUAUGUCCAUGUAUGGCAGAGUAUACUCACACAUCGAGACGUUGUACGAUGUCUGCAAGCUUUACGAGCCGCACUCAUUGGGAAAUAGAACUUUCAUGGAGAACUAUAUCUGGUUGUGCUAUCAUAUGGAUGACUUGGCAUCGCUCCAACAUUUGCUCUACACUUAUCUCAAGAACUCUACAUACGACUCCAGAACAUUGAGUUAUGUGAUAAAUGCGUUCGUGUACAAUUAUGACGUGGAGUUUGCAAAGAAUCUCAUCAAGAGUAUCAUAGAUAUGGGAAAACCCUUAGAUGAAAGCUUGCUUUCGUCAACGAUCAUUAGUUUUGUUAAAGUUGGCGCCAUUUUCACAAAUAUCACCGACUUGGUGGAGAUCUGGUCCAAUGCUUCCAAUUGUGAGAGCCCAUAUCCAAAAACGGUAGCCAUGCUUCUCAAGCAGUACUACAGGUACGGAAAUCCAGAAGAAAUUGCUUCUAUGGAGGCUCUCAGAGAGCAUUUGGGCUACAAUAGCAAUUUCCUUAUUUCCUUGGUGAAAAACCAGGAAAGAAUCUCUCGCAAAGAUUUACUGCACAAGAAGAAUAUCACUAAAGGAGACAUUGAAGAGAUUUUGAAGAUCCGCAACUCUAUUAGCCAUUCCAAAUAUGCAUUGAAGGCGUUCUACGAAUCCUACCUUUUGUUCUUCUCCAAGUAUUCAUCCAUGAAUAUGAUUCAGCUUAUGUUGAGGGAAAUGAAAAAAGAUGGCUUACCAUUCACAAAAUUUUCCUACAACGUCAUUGUACAACACUACGUUUCUGAACACAAGUUUCUUCCACUUCUCAAGUUCAUGGAGAAAUUUGUGACAAAGGCAAACAGAUUUGAAUUGAUAUAUGUUAAAAGUUUGUAUGAAGCUUUUGUCAGGACAUAUCCUUACGAGGGAGAAUAUUUCGCUCAACUGUUUUCUAAUUGGCUUGAAAAUGCCGAGCUUCCAUCUCAUACAAAAGAGGUUCUCCAAGAGUCUUGUAAGGUGACCAAACUCAAGUCGAAUAUCACUCCGGUUGCUAUCCAAAGGCAACAGUUGAACAACGUUAAGAAGUAUCUGUCACCGCAAUGGAGGUCAAUGGCACUUGUAUCCAAAAGUCCGAAAUCUAUCAAAGAGCAAGUCCAGUUCCGGGUGGACAAGGGCCUUCUCGAUAUCAUGAGAAAAGGAAUCAAGCCAGAUUACCAUUUAGUCGAGAAUACGUUGAGAAAACUGAACUUGACGCACAGAUCAGCUAUCUUUGAUUGUCUCAAAGAGAUGAGAAUGGAAAGAUACACCACACGAUUACGGAUAUUCGAUUUCCUUCUAUCUUUUCCCAAGAAAGACCAGCUUGUUCGUUAUGUCAAGAAUAGGCAGACCAAAUUCAAUGCCAGUGACAGAUUGUUGUUGGCUAGAAGACUUUUCAAUGAGAACUCGUUCGACCUUGCGUUCGAUCUUUUGAAGAACAUGAAUGAAGCGGAAGUCAACGAUAACAGACAAAUGAUCAGGCUCAAUUUAAGCUUGCGUACUGGAAUAGCCAUGAAUGACUUCGAAUCCUGCAACCAAAGUAUCGAAGCAUUCCCCAUCAAUGAGUUGACCAUGAGCCCUUACAUUUAUAAACAGUGUCAGUACAUUGAAAAGAACCUUUUGAAGAAAAUGAAAGCUCUGGAAGCCAAGGGAGGCGACGCUGCGAAUAUGAAAGUGACACUUGAUAAGUUGAAAGGACUUAUUGGAGACAUUGAUGCUCGACUUAAGAGAGACAAGUUGGACAUCCACGAAAUGGUAGGCGAUAUGUUCAACAUGCUCAACAAGUGGAUCAAGUCAACCAGAAACCAAGAUGAACGGAAAGUUUAG